UUCAAAGCAUGAGCGGAUCAAAGCCAUAUCUUCCUAUUCUCCUCCUAUUUCUUGCCACCAUAGGCAAUACCAUAACCACAACCAAUGGCGGAUAUCUCUACCAUACAUGUUCAAGCUCCGACAACUACACAAUCAAUAGUCUCUAUGCUUCCAACUUAAAACAAGCUCUCGAUAGAUUGACCAAUAGUGCUCCACCCUCUGGCUUCGGCCUUAGCUCAACUGGAGGCAAAGAUUUAACAAACCAAGUCAAUGGCUUGGCUCUAUGUCGGGGGGACGCCUCGCCCGCCGAUUGCAAGAACUGUGUUGCGACGGCCGGACAAGACAUCCAACAGCGAUGUCCUUAUAAGAGAGGGGCGGCCAUAUGGUAUGAUUCAUGCCUUUUGAAAUACUCCAAUGCCAAAUUCUUUGGGAAGAAUCAAAAUGGGGGAUUUAGAUUCUACUUGAGGAAUGUCAGAGAUGCGGAUGAUCCGACGUCGUUUGGGGAACAAGUUAAGAACUUGCUCAGUGGGUUGUCUGAAAAGGUUAAGACGUCGAGGAAUUUGUAUGCGAUUGGAGAGUUGGAGAUUGGGGGGUCCAAGAAGGUGUAUGGGUUGGUUCAGUGUACGAGAGAUCUGUGGACUGCGGAUUGCAAGAAGUGCCUUGAUGAUGCCAUUGCUGAACUGCCUUAUUGCUGUGCUAAUGGAGCUAAAGUUGGUGGAAGAGUGGUCGGUGGGAGCUGCAACUUUAGAUAUGAAACUUACCCCUUCUUUACUGCCUAAAACUGGAACAACUUGUAAUUUCUGAGCUAUGUUUUCGUCAAUCACUCCAUAUUCUACAUGUUUAUGUAUGGCUCAACAUAUCGAACAUAAGGGCUGAGUUCAUAAUUUCAUCAUGAUAUUGAUGAAAUAUUAAU